AUGGCAAGAACACGUGGUGCAUCUUUUAGUUCUCGAAGUGAGAGUUCUCAAGGAAAGAGUUCUCGAGGAGAGAGUUCGGCGCAGAGUGAAGCUCGGAGAAGACCUACUGUUUCUUCUUGUAGAAGUCGUGCAGCUCCUAUCCAAGAUGACCCUAUAGUUGAGGAGCGAGCCUUUGAGGAGCAGACAUAUGAGGCGUAUGAGACUCAUGGUCAGGAGGAUGCAUUUGAGGCCUCUGACGACGAUGACGAUGAGGAGGAGCAUGCGAAUGUUCAUGACAUACAGGAGGAUGUCGGUGGAUUUCCUCGUGGUUCACGUGAUGGUUCAUUGCUAAUGAACUAUGUUCAACAUGUAGCUUAUGUUAUUUCACAAGGUCGAGGCUCACUCCUCGGAUUCAUAGAGAGGUGGCAUUUCGAGACCAGUAGUUUCCAUCUCCCUAUAGGGGAGAUGUCGGUUACUCUUGAUGACGUCUCGACAUUACUUCACCUACCCGUGAUGGGACAAAUGUGUGAUUUAGAGGAGCUGGAGUUUGAGGAGGCUUGUACAACCCUUAUGCAGCUACUCGGUGUUGAUGGUGGCAUAACUGGUGUUGAGAUGGAGGACGCACGUGGUCCGAAAAGACGUAUCGUGUGUGGCAAAUAUGCUUGGGGCAUUGCUGCACUCGCCCAUUUGUACGAGCAUCUCGGGGAUGCGAGUCUCGCCUCCACGAAGCAGAUGGCCCGAUAUUUAACUCUAUUUCAAGUACAGUUUGGCUUUGAUGCAGGUUCCCAUGGUGCUACGGUGAUGGUGGAUGGAGGUUUGAAAUCGCCUCUGUUUGAUGGAAGUGCGAUGGUGGUCGAGAUGCGAAACUAUGGUGGUGUUGUGGAGAUGGAACUCGCGAGAUGA